CAACAUGCGACCAAACCUGGAGCAAGAAGUGGGAGAUUCGAAGUAGCAAAACAAGCAACAGUAAUUUCAUAUUUCAUUAAACAAAUACCAUCUAGGAUUAGUUAAAAACGAAAAAGGAAAACCACGACACCGGAGUAAGCAUGGCGACCCCCAGUAAGACCCCGCCAGGUUCUGACCCCAAGCAGCUGGAGAGGACCGGGACGGUCCGGGAGAUCGGCUCUCAGGCAGUGUGGUCUCUGUCUUCCUGUAAACCAGGGUUUGGUGUGGACCAGCUGAGAGAUGACAACUUGGAGACAUACUGGCAGUCUGAUGGAUCCCAGCCACACCUAGUCAACAUCCAGUUUAGGAGAAAGACCACAGUGAAGAUGUUGUGUAUGUAUGCAGACUACAAGUCAGACGAGAGCUACACCCCCAGUAAGAUCUCUGUCAGAGUAGGAAACAACUUCCACAACCUGCAGGAGAUCAGACAGUUAGAGAUGGUAGAGCCUAGCGGUUGGAUCCACAUCCCCCUUCUGGAUGCAGUCAACAACCCCAUCAGGACGUUCAUGAUCCAGAUAGCUGUGUUAGCCAACCACCAGAACGGCAGAGACACGCACAUGAGGCAGAUCAAAGUGUAUACCCCCGUGGAGGAGAGCUCCAUCGGCAAGUUCCCAAGAUGCACCACGGUCGACUUCAUGAUGUACCGCACCAUCAGAUGACACUGAGGGUUCCGGGUGGAACCUCCUCAGGGUUACGAAUAGAACUUUCCAGAGUUCCGGGUGGAACCCUUAAGUGUACAGUGUUGACAAAUAAGGGAAUUGGAAUGCUAUUUUUUUUAAGUGAAAUAUUAUUCUAAUUUUCAAGUUAACCUGAAAUCCUUUUCAUUUAAGAUUACAUGGAGCCACUCAACGUAUUACUGCCUGUCUGCAUCCCAAAUGGCACCCUGUUCCCUAUAUAGUGCACUACUAUAGACCCUAUUCCCUACAUAGUGCACUACUAUAGACCAGAGCCCUAUAUAGUGAACUACUAUAGACCAGGGCCCUAUUUCCUAUAUAGUACACUACUAUAGACCAGAGCCCUAUUCCCUAUAUAGUACACUACUAUAGACCAGAGCCCUAUAUAGUGCACUACUAUAGACCAGAGCCCUAUACCCUAUAUAGUGCACUACUAUAGACCAGAGCCCUAAUCCCUAUAUAGUGGUACUACUGUAGACCAGAGCCCUAUUCCCUAUUUAGUGCACUACUUUAGACCAGAGCCCUAUUCCCUAUAUAGUGCACUACUAUAGACCGGACCCCUACGUGUGUUCCUAUGGACCCUUGUCAAAAGUAGUGCACUAUAUAGGGAAUAGGGCUCUGGUCUAAAGUAGUGCACUACAUAGGGAA